AUGACAAUGGAAGUAAUAUCCAUUGUGAAGGGAAAAACUGGUGGUGGUCGGCGUAAGAUUAAGAUGGAGAAAAUCAAGAAGCUUAGGGGAUUGCGGACUUCGCUUUCCAAACGGAAGAAAACUCUGUUCAAGAAGGCUGCGGAACUCAAAGAAUUAUGCGGAGCUCAGGCCGCCGUCAUUAUUCAAUAUCCCACCGGCACGUUUAAAGUCUCCGGAAACGAGUCCGAGAUUAAUUCCAUCAUUGAUGAGUAUCUCUCUAUAGCCGGAUCUUCUUGUUCCGGUGUCGCCUCCUCCUCCGCCUCCGCUUCAAUCAGAGGCCGUGAUCAUGAGGAAUUUAAAGGGUUUUCUUGUGCAAGCGGAACUUCUUCUUUCUUGGGUCGUGAUCAUCAAUCAGAAGUUCUUGAGGGUUCGAUGGCGAUUGAUCAGUGGCCCAGUACUAAUGCCGGUUGUCAAGGGCUUUCUUUUGAAUGUGGAACUUCCUCUUCCUCUGUUGCCGGUGGAGCCUCCAAUUUCGGCCAGGAUCAUCAGAUUCUUGAAAGGACGGAGAGUGUUGAAGAGGAGAUUAAGGAUUUAACAGCUGUUGAUCUCAGACCUAAUCACAAUGCCGAUCAAGGGUUUGUUCCGAUUAAAUAUGGAGAAGUUCUUGAGGAUCAUGACUGGAUGGAUGAACUGUUGACCUUGUUGGUUGAAGAUGAUAUUGAAACUGCUCCAUCAAAUUCAUUAUUUCCACCAUGAAAAUCCUGAUUAUUCUGGCCUAAUUCUCACUCUCCCCAGUUACUGAUUGCAAUACUUCCUCCUAUAGUUUCUGAUGCUUUUCAGUAUCCUCUAAGGGUGGGUUUGAAGAUUUACAGACUUUAACUAAACUUAGGAGAAAUUCUUUGUGUUAUUUAGGUUACGUUUACAUUUCCUGCAGUAAAUUUUUGAAGAAAUCGUG